GAUGGAGGACUAGCCAUUGGGGCACGUCUUCAACGCUUACUAUGUGCCAAGCACUGUGCUAAGCGCCGUGGGGAGACGAGGCCCCUGCCCCCCAUGGGGCUUACAGUCUUAACCCCCGUUUCACAGAUGAGGGACCUGAGGCCCAGGGAAGUGAAGGGACUGGCCCAAGGUCACACAGCAGGAAGUGGUUCCAGCCUUGGACGUCACUCCCUCGCCGGACCCAGCUGGCCUUCCUCUCCUUGGGCGGCGUUGACUGGAAACUGCUCCAAACGGGACAGAUGGCUUUAGGGGGCUGGGGACUCAGCCGCCUGAGGUGUCUCCGCUUGAGGAGGAGGAGCUGUUUUCUCCUGAUGCUGAUCUCUCUGACCUUUGCCACUUUAAUCUUCUGUGAAUUCCUCGUUUAUUUCUUCGUGAUCUUCCAAUGUAGCUGGCCAGAGGUGAAACCCGCAAAUUCUAGCAGGAAUAACCAGACUCCCGAGGCUGUGCUGAAGGUCAUGUUUUUAUCGGAUACCCACCUGCUCGGUGAACUCAGAGGUCACUGGCUGGACAAACUGAGACGGGAAUGGCAGAUGGAGAGAGCCUUUCAGACAGCGCUGAGGCUCCUGCAGCCCGAGCUGGUCUUCAUCCUAGGGGAUGUCUUUGACGAAGGGAAGUGGAGCUCUCCUCAGCCUUUUUGUUCUCAGGCCUGGGCAGCCGACGUCAAGCGUUUUCAGCACAUGUUUCGGCAUUCUGACCACACAGAGCUAAUGGCGUUGGUCGGCAACCACGAUGUCGGCUUUCACUAUGAGAUGGACAGUUACAAGCUAAAACGAUUUGAGAAAGUUUUCAACUUUACUUCAGGAAAGCUGAUUUCUCGGAAGGGGGUAAACUUUGUGUUGGUGAAUAGCAUAGCCCUUGAGGGAGACGGCUGCCGGAUUUGCUCUAAGACCGAAGCCCAGCUCAUCGACAUUUCUUCCCAACUGAACUGUUCCAGGCAGCAGGAACAGAGCCGGUCCAGCUGGAGUCAAGGAUGCAGCGGCAGCCGGACCCAACUUCCGGCCUCGGCCCCGCUCCUCCUUCAGCAUUACCCUCUCUACCGGAGAAGUGAUGCUGAAUGUUCCGGGGAAGAUUCUGCUCCGCUGGAGGAAAAAAACAUCCCAUUUAAAGAGAGAUAUGAUGUACUUUCUCAAGAGGCUUCACAAAAGUUGCUCUGGUGGUUCCAGCCCCGCUUGAUUCUGAGUGGACAUACCCACAGUGCCUGUGAAGUGCUACAUAAUGGGAAAAUCCCUGAGAUCAGCAUUCCCUCUUUCAGUUGGAGGAACAGAAACAACCCUAGUUUCAUUCUGGGCAGUGUGACAGCACAAGAUUAUUCCCUCUCCAAGUGCCUGCUCCCCCAGGAGAAGCGGGUUCUGACCGUGUAUGGGGCGGCAGGCGUCACCCUGCUCCUCCUGCUCCUGGCCCACUUCCGGCUCUUGGCUCCCUCUCGUCAUUUCGCUCAGUACGUAAUUGGAAAACGUAAGGCAACGUGAAGAGCAGGACAUCUCUGCCUUGAGUAACAGGUGCCAAAGCAGAAAACACAACCGAACUUCAGACUGCGAUCACCAUUCCUGUCCGGGAGGACUCGAAUCGGGGGCCGAACCCAAACGCGGCCCUCUUUCUGCCCGUCUUCGAGAUGCGGGACUGCUGACGGUGAAUCACCACAGGAUAAAUAGUUGAUUGAAAUGUUUUCAUGCCGUAAAAAAGUAACAAGUAUUUUACACCAAACAACUGUUUUCCUUGCUGCGUCGGUUUUUUUUGUCAUAUCUAUGAAUACUCAAAGGUCGGAUCUGUACAACACGUUUAGCCGUAGUUGUCUCUUCGAUUCGCAGGCGGGAUCCACGCUCCUGCCGGCCGCAGGGUGGAUCAUGCGAACCAGAAACCCGCUUGUGAGAGCGUUUACGAACACGUCGGUGGCUUCUGCUGCCCUUCUGGCCUGCCGUUCCUCUCGAAUUCCCAAACGUUAAAAAGCGAUACGCUUGGAACCGGGAAGACGCAGAGCUCUUCAGCUGCACCGAACGGGAUCAGAGGGUUGGGGUGUACCGUCCUGCUGGUGGGUGAUGAAAGUUUGGUGAAAUCCGACACUAAGCCGCAGAAACGAGAAUCACAUACCCUCCUCCGCUGACCAGACGGACAGAUUUCUUCUGAAAAACGGAGGGGGAAACUGCCUUUCUUUGCUAUGAAAAAAAUAAACGACCGCUUCUAAUCUCGAGCCAGAAAUAAAAUGUGCACAUACGA